GACGGCGGCUGAAUUCGAGACGAGCGUAAAACCGUUUUGCUGUACAAUAUUACCACUUCGGACGAAGGCUAUGAUGAUGCGAUGGUAACUGUAGAUCUCCCUUUUAGACGGAAACCUCGAUAUUCACGAAUUUCUAAUCACUUCCUCCCAUAUUGGUGUUUUGCUUGCUGCAUCCCCUGGCCCUGACCUGCCCCAUCCUGCUUUGUUGUUGCAUCUGCCUUAGCCACUGCAGAUUAUCGUUAAUUUGAUAGCCACCGCUUGGAUCUGAUAUCAUUCUGCCUCGGACAUGCGGGUCCAUCCUCAAUUAUUUAUUGUCCCAACUAGUUCUACGCAUCGUACUUUAUCGUGUUCAACACUGAAACCCUUACAUUCCGUAGUUUUCCGGUGCGCCCGACAUGAUAAUAUUUCCUUUCCGGCAUCACCCAUUCCGGCCAAUAACAUUAGCGUGAUUCGUUAUACGCCGUCUUCACUACUCCACUACUACGACAGCUUCAUCCAAACUCGGCAUAAUCACAGACACACUACCCGAACGAUGUCGACCUCAAAUAUGAAUAAGAAGGCUUUCGAUCCCAUCCAAAGAACUGCAUCUCCAUAUCCUGACAAGAGCAGUGUUGGUCCUUCGCACAUUAUUGCACAACACCAACCUACAAACAACUAUCAUUCUUCAUCACUCUCCACUCUCAAAAUGGUUUCUACAAAUCCAAGCGUCAAUCGCACAUCACUUCACCCAAGCGGUGUACAACCACAAGUUGAGCACACCGAGCUUGAGGAGGAACUUCACGAGAACGCACAUAUCGAUUAUGAUCGUGUAGCUAUUGUUCCUAAUCCAAGUGUCGCUGCCCUUUACGAAGAUGCACUUGUUUACGAAACUGGUUCUGCCAUCACAUCUACCGGUGCUCUCACUGCAUACUCUGGAGCUAAGACAGGUCGCUCGCCCUUAGACAAGAGAAUUGUCAAAGAACCAUCAUCUGAAAAUGAGAUUUGGUGGGGACCAGUCAACAAGCCAAUGACACCUGAUGUAUGGAGAAUCAACCGUGAACGUGCAAUUGAUUACUUAAACACGAGAAAUCGUAUUUACGUCGUCGAUGGUUUCGCAGGAUGGGACGAGAAAUACAGAAUCAAGGUUCGAGUCGUAUGCGCUCGUGCCUACCACGCUCUUUUCAUGCGCAAUAUGCUCAUUAGACCUGAACGCAAAGAUCUCGAACAUUUCCACCCAGAUUAUACUAUUUACAACGCAGGAUCUUUCCCUGCUAACAGAUACACCGAGGGUAUGACUUCAGGUACUUCAGUUGCUAUCAACUUCGCAGCGAAGGAGAUGGUUAUCUUGGGUACUGAGUACGCCGGAGAGAUGAAGAAGGGUGUUUUUACAGUUCUCUUCUACGAGAUGCCUGUCAAGCAUAACGUUCUCACUCUUCACUCGUCAGCCAACGAAGGUAAGGACGGAGACGUCACUGUCUUCUUUGGUCUUUCGGGUACCGGUAAAACAACACUUUCAGCAGACCCCAACCGUGCCUUGAUUGGUGACGACGAGCACUGCUGGAGUGACCGUGGUGUUUUCAACAUUGAGGGUGGUUGCUACGCUAAGUGCAUCGGUCUUUCAGCAGAGAAGGAGCCUGAUAUCUUUGGCGCUAUCCAAUUCGGCUCUGUUCUUGAGAACGUUGUUUUUGACCCAGACACUCGUCUUGUUGAUUAUGAUGACUCAACCUUGACUGAGAACACCCGUUGCGCAUACCCAAUUGAGUACAUUUCCAACGCUAAGAUUCCUUGUCUAUCGACAAACCACCCAAGCAACAUCAUUCUUCUUACAUGUGAUGCUCGUGGUGUCCUUCCACCCAUUUCCAAGCUUGACUCCGCCCAAACCAUGUUCCAUUUCAUCUCCGGUUACACCUCAAAGAUGGCCGGUACCGAAGAUGGUGUCACAGAGCCACAGGCUACCUUCUCAUCUUGCUUCGCGCAACCUUUCUUGGCUUUACACCCAAUGCGUUAUGCUAAGAUGUUGGCUGAGAAGAUUGAGCACCACAAGGCUAAUGCUUGGUUGUUGAACACUGGAUGGGUUGGAGCUGGUGCUACCACUGGUGGCAAGCGUUGCCCAUUGAAAUACACUCGUGCUAUUCUUGACGCAAUUCACUCUGGAGAGCUUGCAAAGGUUGAGUAUGAAAACUACGAGACCUUCAACCUCCAAGUACCAAAGACUUGCACCAAUGUUCCAUCGGAAUUGUUGAACCCAAGAAAUGCAUGGAGUCAAGGAGAGGAUAGCUUCAAAGCCGAGGUUAACAAACUUGGUGGUCUCUUCGUUGAGAACUUUAAGAAAUACCAGUCGGAAGCUACUGAGGAUGUCAUUGCAGCAGGGCCAGCUGUUAAGGUUUAAGGGGUGUAUAUAAUAAGGGUUUUUGAUUUUUGAUUUAAGCAAAACAUAUGCUGGCGUUCUUUAUUAAUGGGAUGUAUCGGAUGUAGCACUAAGCAUCAAGCAUCAAGAUUUAAGUAACUGAAUGAACAAAAUUUAUAAUUAUAUUUGAUGAGCA